AUGGCCAGAGAAUAUUACAACCUCACAGAUGGAGGUACAGCUGAUAAAGGCCAUCCAAUUAUUAAUCGCCAAACUGAUCAAGCUAGAAUCUUGAUAAAUCGGAUUCUUGAAGUGAAUGCCACCGCACAAGUCAAUAUUGCGGAUAUCUUACGACUUGAUGAGAUGCAAGAAGACACCGAUCAACACACUAUAACCCUUCAAAGACAAGUUGAUGCUGCUCAAGAAGAAAUAAGACAAUUGAGAGAGUAUCAAGUGGCGCAAGAAAAGCGCUGGAAGUCACAAGACGAAGCAGGGCCUAGUAACCGAUGUAACCCACGGUGCAAAUAG